GACAGAAAGUUUGGAAACAGUAUGUUGACUAAUAACCAUGACUCUCCGCAUGUCGCUACUUACCCUUUGGUCAAAGUCCCCGUCAUUGUAUUACCGAACAUGAUCUGAGCCUUCACAUCUGUUUUACGGAAUACUGGAAGGUGCUCACAUCAAUAGCAUCCAAAGGCCAUUCGACAUGAGAGUGUCUGCAUGUGCUUCACACGGACAUUGUUGCUGUAUCGAACUGUCAAGACCCUCAUAGUUACUUGUAUAGCCCAGAGUUCAGGAUAUUGAUGGUGAGCACAUUCAAUGAGCUAGACGUCAGACUCGCCGCUGAUCGAAACAAGAACAUGCAUAGCAGUCUCUUACCGCUCCGUCGUGGGUACUAUUGCGGGCAUCUUGUCGGCUCGGCUCCCAUCGUAGUGCCAAUAGUGGCAAGCGUUGUGAUCGCGAACUGGGUUUACGAGGUGUAUCAGCGACCGUGCGUCCUGCUACUUAUUCUUGAUCGAGAGAUUAUCAACAGAUCCUCUUCAGUCACGCGGCGCUCCAGCGCUUCAUCAAAUACAUCAUCAACCUACUUAAAUCUUGUGUCGGGAAGCCAGGAACUUUCUCGUAGGGCCAUCAAGCUCGCAGUCAAGUCCUAUCACGACUCACCAACAAGAGGAGAAGUCCAAUAUAGCAUCAGUGCAGAAGACACAGUCUAUUCUUCGGAGAAAUAAUCCAGCUGUGGGUUUCUUACCGGAUGAACCAUGCGAAGAGUUUUGUGCAUGGUUUUGCGCGUCGGUGGAUAUUGUCUGGGUACUACUGUAGUAUGCUACGUGCGACUGUCUUCUAUCAACAUCACUCACUUGUUAGAGUUCGACUAGAGUGAUCGACACAACCUUGAGAUUGUCAUGAACCGUAAAGCCAGUAGUUCCCCAAUAGUUCCCUCCCAGAUUUGCAUAUGCAUAUGCCACUACUUCAUAGUCGUC